GGCUAUAAAAGCAGGAGAGUCCAGGUAGCCCAGUAAUUCAGGCAGACACCAUGUUGCUGCUCCUGGCCCUGGUGAGUGUGGCCCUGGCUCAUGCCUCUGAGGAGAGCUUUGAUGGCAACCGGGUGCUCCGUGUCAGUGUAUAUGAUGAAGAUCACGUCAACUUAAUUCAGGAACUAGCCAACACCAAACAGAUUGAUUUCUGGAAACCAGAUUCUGCCACCCAAGUGAAACCUCUCACUACAGUUGACUUUCAUGUUAAAGCAGAAGAUGUUGCCGAUGUGGAGAACCUUCUAGAGGAGAAUGAAGUUCACUAUGAGGUAUUGAUAAGCAAUGUGAAAAAUCUUCUGGAAGCCCAGUUUGAUAGCCACACCCGUGCAAGUGGACACAGCUACACCAAGUACAACAACUGGGAAACGAUAGAGGCGUGGAUUCAACAAACUGUUGCUGAUAAUCCAGACCUUGUCUCUCAGAGCGUCAUUGGAACCACAUUUGAAGGACGUAACAUAUAUGUCCUCAAGAUUGGCAAAGCUGGACCAAAUAAGCCUGCCAUCUUCAUCGACUGUGGUUUCCAUGCCAGAGAGUGGAUUUCUCCUGCAUUCUGUCAGUGGUUUGUGAGAGAGGCUGUCCGCACCUAUGCUCAAGAGAUCCACAUGAAACAGCUUCUUGAUGAACUGGACUUUUACGUUCUGCCUGUGGUCAACAUUGAUGGCUAUGUCUACACCUGGACUAAGGACCGAAUGUGGAGAAAAACACGCUCUACUAGGGCUGGAAGUUCCUGCCUGGGUGUAGACCCCAACAGAAAUUUUGAUGCUGGCUGGUGUGAAGUGGGAGCUUCUCGGAGUCCAUGCUCUGACACUUACUGUGGGCCAGCCCCAGAGUCUGAGAAAGAGACAAAAGCUCUGGCAGAUUUCAUCCGCAAUAACCUCUCCACCAUCAAGGCUUACCUGACAGUCCACUCAUACUCACAGAUGAUGCUCUACCCUUACUCCUAUGACUAUAAACUGCCUGAGAACUAUCAGGAACUGAACGCCCUGGUGAAAGGUGCAGCAAAGGAGCUUGCCACUCUGCACGGCACCAAGUACACAUAUGGCCCAGGAGCUACAACGAUCUAUCCUGCUGCUGGGGGAUCUGACGACUGGGCUUACGAUCAGGGUAUCAAAUAUUCUUUUACCUUUGAACUCCGGGAUACAGGCUUCUAUGGCUUUUUGCUUCCUGAGUCUCAGAUUCGCCAAACCUGUGAGGAGACAAUGCUUGCAGUCAAGUACAUUGCCGAUUAUGUCAGAGAACAUCCAUAUUAGUGAAGAAUCUGGACCACCUUAUUUCAAAAUGCUUACUGUUCAUUUCUUGUCCAUCUUGACCUUGUUUGGAGGCUUGCAGAUUCUACUCUUUCUCUUACUUUUCUUGGUGUAUUGACCAUUUGGAUUUCUAAAACAUCUCAAUAAAAUCAUAUCAUUAUUAAAAAAA